UCGACAGCUUUAACAGGUGACACUUGAGUUGACAGCAGAAGCAGACCAAAAUACACAAUACAAAUCACAAUUAGAUUUUGAAAAAACAAAUAACAAAUAUGGUAAAAUUCAAAGAUGCGGUGUCGGCGUUUAACACUCUUAACGGACUGAUCUGUGUUUAUAAGCCAGCAGGCGUUCCGGUGAAACAAGUCCAGCACACGAUAAAAACAAAUCUUUGUAGAGAUUUGAACGCAUUGCCCGACAGACCAAUAGAGAAAAGAGUAGAAAUAAUAGGAUCAACAAAUGAGCCUAUGAAGGUUAGACUUGUGCCUAAUUAUGCUGAUGACCCCCGAGUGUGCGGCCCGAGGUACAUGAAUGAGGACUUCAGGUGCAGCUGGGCAACACAUCUUGGAUUAUUUAGUAGCGGCGUACUAUUAUUAGGCAUCAAUGAUGGCACAAAGCUCACCUACAAGAUAAAUGUUGGACGGCCAACGAGAGCUUUCAAAGUUCACGGUCAGCUGGGUAAGGCUACUGACACUUACUUCUGGAACGGCAAAACAAUGGAGAGAUCCACCUUCCAACACAUCACCAGAGAGAAGAUAGACAAAGUUGUGGCUCACAUGCAAGCUGCACAUCAGAAAGCUAUGUUUGAACAAUCAGGGCUUCAUAUGGAUUCUCAGACCACCUAUGAAUUGGCCUCAAAGGGCCUCAUCCGACCAGUUGAUAACAAGAUUCCAGUUAUCUAUGGCAUCAAGUGUGUCUACUUCAAUUCCCCAAACUUUACAUUAGAAAUACAAUCAGUGAAUGAAUAUGAGAAGUACUUCUGGACCCUCAUUCAUGACCUUGGUGUCCAACUGAAGUCCACAGCCUACUGCACAGCUGUCCAGUGCAUCAGGCAAGGCAAGUUCGAUGUGGACCUGGCUCUACUCCGGAAGCACUGGACCCUGGAGCACCUAGCAGACAACAUGAACACGUGUGCAGAAAUACUGGAGGAAAAUGAACAUCUGCUCAACCCAACAUCUGCUAUAAUGACUGCAUAGUUCUGUAUUAUUUGUAGAAUAGUUUCAUGUAAAUAUAUAUAAGAAAUUAAAUAAUGAAUAGUUUACUGUCUGAA